AUGUCCACCUCGCUGACGGCUACCGUAUGCUACUUGGCGCGUCAAGAGGCAUUUAUCGCAAACAAUCGAAGUAUACACACCGAGACUUGGGACAUUAGAUUUUGCGGCGACAGAAUCCACCUCCCUCCCCCAAGGGCUCAAAACCUUGACGAAUGGCAUAUGCUAGCCGUAAUUCGUCACCCGAUGGAGCGCUUCUUAUCGGGAUUUCUGGACAAAUGCAUUAGGCAGGCGCAACAGCCAGGACAAGUCCAUAUUUGCUAUAACUGCAGCGGGAGUUUGCCAUGCUUUUUGGAUCGGCUCUACGAAAGUGCGCAGCGCCAGAUGAAUUACAUUGAAUACGAGAUGCACUAUAAAUCGCCCCAUCAGAUGCGAGACUCUUCGAAACUGAUCGCGACAACCCUGAACAAGCGGCAGAGCAUCCUCAAGGUAGCAGAGAAAUGCCGGCUUGGCCCGGGUAGUCCGUGCCUGCGGCCAUUUGUGCAUCUGACGCCCCAUUUUUUGACAACGAAGAAAAAGAAGAUUGCCGUUUGCCGGAUUGCAAAGAGCAUGUCCACCACCCUGGCAGCCACCGUAUGCUAUUUGGAUUGCGACAAGGAAUUUAUCGCCCACAAUCGAAGCAUACACACUGAGAUCUGGGACGUCAGAUUCUGCGGCCCACGCAUCGAAAUCGCCGACUCGCCCGUCUCGGCGAACAGCUCGGAGAACAUCAACGACUGGAACAUGUUGGCCAUAAUCAGACAUCCGCUUGAGCGAUUUAUGUCCGGCUUCAUCGACAAGUGCAUCAUGAAAGGCACUGUGCCUGAGUUGGUUCACCGUUAUUGCUACGGAUGCAACGGGAGCCUGCCUUGCUUUCUGGGUCGACUUUAUACGAGCGCGCAAUCGUAUGCGAGGACCGAGCACUGGCGAUAUAUCGGCACCGAGGGCAUGCACUUUUUCCCGCAAAACUGGUAUUGCAACUUCCUCGCAUUCCCCCAGAUGAAAGUUAUUCCGUUUCUUAAUGGAGCCAUCGGGCUAUCCAGACUCAGGACCGAAUUUCUAGAUUUUCUACAGCACGCCAACGUCGAAGAAAGGCAACUGAAUUACAUUGAAACCGAAUUGGCGUACAAAUCGCCGCACCGAAUGAGGGAAACGUCAAAACUGGUCCGU